AUGUCGUUUUCAGAUCUAUAUGCUAAAUAUAAUUGUACUUAUUGUCAAGAAGAAAUCAAUGGAGUGCGUGUAAGAUGUGCAGAAUGUAAAGAUUUUGAUAUUUGUUUGCAGUGUUUUUCUCUUGGAGCUGAAAUCGGACCACACAAAAAUGACCAUUCCUAUCAAUUUAUGGACUCUGGAGCAUUUGGAAUAUUUUUAGGUAGAACUAGUUGGUCUGCUAAUGAAGAAGUAAGAUUGCUAGAUGCUAUAGAACAGUUUGGAUUUGGAAAUUGGGAAGAUAUUGCUAAACAUAUAGAAACAAAAACACCAGAAGAAGCCAAAGAUGAAUAUAUAACUAGGUAUUUGGAGGGUAGUAUAGGUCGGGCUACAUGGGGUAAUGUGGAGAGCACGAGUCGGCCGUCACUACACUGCGCUGAUAGAGACGAAGGUCCGCUGAGUCCUAGCGCAGUAUCAAGACUGCCACCGUUAGCAAUAACUUCUGAUGAAGCCGCCCAGCUCGGUUAUAUGUCAAACAGAGAUGAUUUUGAAAGGGAACAUGAUCAUGAAGCGGAGCAAUUAAUAUCAACAUUAUCUUUGAACCCAGAGGAUGACAAUUUGGAUGUUGCAUUGAAGUUGUCGCAAGUAGAUAUUUACACUCGAAGGUUGAGAGAAAGGACAAGACGAAAAAGGCUAGUACGGGAUUAUCAACUGGUGUCAGUAUUCUUCAAUAAUCAGAGAAACAAACAGAAAACACUUGGAAAACUUGCCAAAGAAAAAAAGGAGUUUACUGAUCGUCUUAGAUGGACGGCCCAGUUCUACGGUCGAUCAGAACAGGCUGCUGUGGUAGCGGGUUUGUGGAGGGAACGGGAAUUAAAAGUUCGUCUGGCUGAGCUUCAUAGAUACAGACUGGCUGGCGUUACUCGCCUCGAGGAAUGCGCCCACUACGAACAACACGCGGCGCAUAGAAAACAUCCACACCACAUCGACGGCAGCAGUGGGUGCCUGGACGCGCAACAGACAAAAGAAUCAACACAGACCAACACUCAGCAGCAGCUAAGAAAAAGAGACGUAGAAAGCGGCUCAAGUUCCACCAGCCCAAAGUGCACACGGGAAGGAAGUACCGCAUGUGGAUGUUGCAGAAAGAGCUCAUGCAGCGCAGGAUGCUCGACGCAUCUGCUGACCACUAACGAGAUACAGUUAUGUACAGCCCUCAAUCUGCUGGCCACUCAGUAUGUAACACUAAAGGGAGUGUUACUUCGUAAGCCAGCUCAAUCCCCUGACGCUGAUGUUGAUCGAGCAGUAAGGAAAUAUUUGUCAAGUGCUGGGUGGCUUCAUCAUUAA